AUGUUUUUUUGUGUAUCAGCGGUCGAGGUGUUGACCACCCACUCCACUCCAGUCGGCACUACAUCUCGAGGAGCUAGCCAGAGACAGAUACCCAAACUCCCCCUCCCGGCCUGGGCACUAGGGCGAUCGAUCACCUUCAUACAUACGACCUUGUCUAAUAUACACCCUGGUACGACCAUUCUCUUGCUCGAGCGAUAA